GUCGGUAAAGGUGUUAUACACGUCGUCCGUUGGAUCGAAAACGAACGUCGUUUCGGUGCUAGAACAAUUCGCGUGCACUUUGCACAUAUUUUACGAUUAAGUCAGUGCGCUACUUGCCUCGAAACGGGACGGUCGCUAUUCCACGUUCCGUUUUUAAAUAUCCGAAUAUUGCUAAAAUUGCUUUUUCGGGGUAGUGUUAAAAUAGUUGCAAAUUGGAAUAAAAUUUGAUAGGAUUUAUGUGGGAAGAUUAUACGUUUUUAUCGCAGACUGUGUGAACGUUCUGUACGGUUCGGAACGGUUGAAUGGACCGUGUAAAAGUUCACCGUUACUCGUCGCUGUGGAAAUUCAGGAAUUAGGCUUUUUAACGAAACGUGUAUCGACUAUUAAACAGCCUUCGAGCCCUAGAGGACUGGUACCGUGAACUUUCUAGGGAAAAUGGCGGCGUAGGGAAAUGAGGAAUUACUAGGUUCUUUGAUGGAACGUUUUGAAACUUAUUUGAAAAUUUAUUAAUUUGGAAACUUCAGAAUUUUGAAGAUUGAAAAUACACCUGAUCCAAGUGGAAGACAUGACAAUUACAGAUUACAUUAUCUAACGAAAAUAAAAUUCUUUUACAUCGUCUUCGAGGGUUGAAAAAGAAUUCCUUUAUACAGGAAAUAUCCAUCGUUCGAAGAAACUUUCGAUGAUAAAUAAAGAAUUCGAAAUUAUCAAAUGAAUCGCAGAGUCGUGCGAAACGAGAGGAAACAUAAUAAUCUUGUCAUUGAAAAUUACCGUUUUGUCAUCGUCAAGGAGAAGCUACUCUGAUUUCCCAGAAAAUUCGUGUCGCCGGAAGUGACCGUGAAAACGUGCCAGAUUUUGAUUGUUCGUGGGAAAAGGUGAACGAGGCGGUUCAGGACGCGUGUGAUUUUUCAAUGGGAAAAAGGAGUGAAGUCAAAGGACGGAAAAAUGAUCACCGUGCCGAUAUCCGCUUCCAGUCCUUACAUGAAGGUUACGUCCUACAGCGAUACAAGCGCUAUUGGCAAAAAGCCUGCAGUUCAGCAAUUCCUCAGAGACAUGAAGGAACACUCGGCCUCGUCCCGAUUCGAAGGCAGGGAUGUGCCUCAAAGAUCGCAGAGCAGCGCUGCCAGCCUGAUGUCUCUAGGUGCUGACAUAUCACCCAGUUCUUCCCACUUUUUUGAGGUGCUUUACGUGGGCAAAAUCAAGGUAUCGCAUCCAAAGGUAUCGGAGGCCUUUAUCGACGAUGCGCUAGUAAGGUUUCGUGUUCACGGUCUUGAGAAAUCGAGAUCAUCGACGAACAAUAUCCUCGCUGAGUAUCAACGUCAAUCAAUUUUAACGUCUUCCAAUAACAGGAGAAACAGCGCGGAAUCGAGCGCGAGCGAAACCGGAAGUAUCGAGAAUGUCUCAGGAAGCGGAAUCAUAUCACCUAUAAAUCCUUUGGGAGUGGCGUCGACACUCACCGGUUCGGUGGAGACCUUUCCAAAGCCGCAAAAUGCCAGUCUCGCGGAGAAAGAGGAACGCGAGGAGAAUCGGGAUGCCACGAACAACAAUUCCAUGCAUGUGCCAGAAGUGAUGCGAAACAGAGCAUCCUCUACUGGCAGCGUACUGAAUCCCAGAAGAGAUUCCAUGGCUAGAGCGGGAGAUGAGCACAACCGUACAAUGCUCUUUCAGGUAGGCAGACAUGAUUUGAGAUUGAUCAGUCCGGAUAGAAAGCAAGUGCUGCUUCACAAACAGCUGAGGGACGUAGCCAGUUGCGUGCAAGGCGUGAAAAAUCCGGAACACUUUGGUUUUAUUUGCAAAGAAAAUACGAUAGACUGCUUUAUCGGCUAUGUGUUCAAGUGUCAGUCAGAAUCGGUCGCGGACGAUCUCGUUGCUGCUAUUUCGCAAGCGUUCGUUGGGACGUGUGAUGUCGCGAGGAAAGAAAGAUAUCCUGUGUUUUCAUGCGAACACUGCCCUAUGUACUGGUACAACAAGCUGUGCCAGGAAAUCGAUGGCCAGAACGACAGAAGAACCCAGAGUAUAAUCUUCUCGCGAAUGGAAUUGCUGCCGGAGGACGAACAGGAAAUCGUGGUUAACAAAUACAAAAGCGCCGAGUCCGCUGGCGGCACGGGUACAACUUUACGCGAACAAAAUCAGUUUUUAAUGAGGCUGUUACGCGCCCAUUGCGAAGCGAAACAAGCCAGACAUGUUCACGAUACGGCAGAGAACAGGAGCGAAUUUUUAAAUCAGUACUUAAGCGUGGGUGUCGGAAGCACAAUAUUCAUGAAAGCGAAACGCUCGCUUACAAAUAGUUUUGAUAAUCUCAUGAAGAGGAAGGGUUCGCGGGAUGACCUCGGUCUUGGCUCGCAUUUGAGAGAUACGAGCCACCUCAAUGCUGUGAUACAAAAAAGCGGUAGCCAAAGCCCCGAAAAUUCACGACAUCCGUCUAUAGUUGAUAUCUCACCGGAAGCUAGCAGACCAAGGUCUCUAAGGGUUUCACCUGAACAACAAUUGACUGUGAACACUGGACCAAAGAGUUCUAUGAUGGACAUAUUUCUAAAGGUAGGAAACUCGCCAAAAAUGUCACCGACGGAGACCGAUGGAAACAGUCCUGUUCAGUCGAACAGUUCCUGGAGACAAGCUAUAUUGAAUCGAGUCGUGACUCCUAGUAAAGAUCACGAGAAGGAAAACGAUAAAUCUGGGAACAUGGGUAUCAUUAAGACUCCUCAGACAGUUCCGAAGCGCAGAACAAAACAGGAAUUAAGGGAUCUUUGGAAGAAAGCAAUCAAUCAACAGUUAAUACUUAUCAGAAUGGAGAAAGAAAACGCAAGGCUUAGAGUACGUCAAGAAGAAGCAACUGUUAAGAGAAUCAAAUUAGAAUACGACGAGCUUAGUAGUUGUGCUCGUGAAUUGGUAGAAGUAUGGGAUCUUCUCGUGAGCAAAGAAUCAAGAGUUUCCACAAAAUGUGAUAAUCAAAUGUUGCUACACGCUAUUAAACAAGGUGUACCAAAAGGUAAAAGAGGAGAAGUGUGGCAAUUCUUAGCCGAACAAUUUUGUUUGAAACAGCCGCCCAUAGACACCCGCGAUUUUCCUAACUAUAAUACACCGUAUGAGUUGCUCUUGAAGCAACUUACCUCGCAACAACAUGCAAUUUUAAUCGAUUUGGGACGGACGUUUCCCAAUCAUCCUUAUUUUAGUUCACCUCUAGGCCCAGGUCAAUUAGCGUUGUUCAAUUUAUUGAAAGCGUAUUCGCUUUUGGAUCACGAAGUUGGCUAUUGCCAGGGGCUUAGUUUCGUUGCUGGCGUUCUUUUAUUACAUAUGUCUGAAGACCAAGCAUUUUUUCUUCUACGGCAUCUAAUGUUCCGAAGAGGCCUAAGGAAAUUGUAUCUUCCUGACAUGGCAGCAUUGCAGCUAUACUUAUAUCAAUUAUCCAGAUUGCUGCAUGAUAGGUUACCGGCAAUUUAUAACCAUUUCGAUAAACAGGAAGUUUCGCCUACAUUAUAUGCUGCCCCAUGGCUGUUGACCUUGUUCGCGAGUCAAUUUCCACUGGGUUUUGUAACCCGAGUUUUUGAUUUACUUUUUUUGGAAAGUACGGAGGUACUUUUCCGUGUAUCGAUGGCAUUACUGGAAGAACAUCAAGAUCAAUUAUUAACGUGCGAUAGCUUUGAAGAAAUCAUGGAAUAUCUUAAAACGCGAGUACCAGCUGUCGAUAAAGAGGUUUUGGAUCGAGUGAUGAAGCGCGUGUUUUAUCCAGACCAAGAGAUCACGAAGCAGUUGAACGAAUACAGAGUAGAGUACCAAGUACUACAAGAAGAAAUGAUGUCUGUGAAACCACAGAUGGAAAACUUGGAGAAAUUUAAACUGCUUAACAAGCAACUUACCCAAGAAGUAGCACAGCUGAAUGAGCAAUUAGAAAUCACCAUGAGCAAUUUGCAUCGUCUGGAAACUGCGCGGUCCGUGCAACAAUCAACUCUCUUGAAACUUGAGUCUCAGAAUCGCAGUUUAGAAGUGACUGUCGCAACUUUAGGUGCGUUUAUUCAACAAUUAUCCGAAACUAGACCUGACAUCGAAUUUCCUGGAGAGAUUCGUAGAAUAAUUGCACAGCUGAGUCUCGCUGAGAAACGAAGGAACGCGACUGGUCGAUCGUAUCCCUUGAAAGUGAUCGAAGACAACCAGAAACUAGGAAUGAUAAAAAGCAAUUCCACGGGUAGAGAAUCUCACAACUUCAUGAAAAACAAUAACGUGGUAGAUCCACCUUAUCCUCUGAAAUCUACAUUGAGCCAACCAAAUUUGGCUACCAAGCUCGAGAGGGUCUCAUCGUUCUUCUCAAAUUCGCACAACCAUAUUCAAAAGCAACGAGCUCAGUUGGCUGCCCUUAGGAACGAGUACGCUGAACAGACCAUUCGUAACGAUGAAAAUGAUCCAAAAACCGUCAACAUAGAUAUCCAGAUUACUGAUGCAAUGAACUCGACCAACGAACAAGUUGUGCAGAACGAUAACAACCUCAAGAUAGAAGAGGUGAACUUGGAGAAAUCUGUUUCGCUGCCACUGAAUGCGAAGAUGAAGCUGAAGUCAUCCAAAUCUGCGUACGAGUUGGGAUCGAUUAAGAAAGUACCAACCACCAAGCUGGAAGUCACGACAGACGAUGACGGGACGAACUUGAAGGGUACGAUGCAUCCUUUAGAUACCUGUAGCGACGUGAACUUCAGAUAUGGCGGUACGACGAAGUUAAAGUCGCUCAAACCGACCAGACUUCCCAGUCCAAGUGGUCAAGAUGAAGCUGUGAGCAAGAAUGCUCAGAAUCAAAAUAUGGAAACAUUGAACAGAUAACAAUUACUUAUGAUGUUGCGUUCAAGGAAGAUAUCUUGGAAGGUAACCAACUUGAGAAAAGUCUACCCAAAAAGCUAAUCGUUAGCAACUGUAUUAUGCGCUCGAUCGUUUACCUCCACAUUUCGUACUGCAUUAGUUACGUCUUGUAUACAACACUUUUGAUACGAUGAUCGGUUUUCAUUUUUUAAACAACUGCGUUGUUCAACUGACUGUCGACCGAAACGCUGACACUCGCACUUCCCUUUUACGGUACUUAUACCAAUGAUUUUAAUACCUUGCGAAGAACGAAAAGAAAAUCAAGUCAAUUUAUAAUAUAUUAUACAGAUUUGACAUGUUGUCAGAUUAGUUGAAUAUUUUAGUAUAUAAAUAUUGUAUACAAUGGCGAGUAUCGUAAGCUUCCCUAGAGAAAAUAGAUAUAAGGGAAAGAACUAACAUUCGUCGAUUUUAAAAUUUAUAAAUUAAAAAAUUUUAAUCUUUGACAAUUUAGGAUAUUGAAAUUUGGUAACUUUCAAGUUUUCAUAUUUAAUCUUCUAAAAUUGAUGACGGGUGGUAUUCUUUAUCCUUCUAUCGUUAACCAAGGGAAGCCUACUUUGCACCUCAGUGUACAUAAGAAAAAAGAACAAACUUAGAAAGGAUUCGUACGAGUUCAUACCUAUUUAUAAAAAUAUUCAUCUAAUUCGUAUAAUUUAUAUUAAUCUUGACGCGUAAAAAAGAAUAAGAAAUAUUUACUUAAUUAUAGCAUAUAAAUAUGCUGAUAAUAAGAAAUUUGUCUAAAAUAGUAGUAACACAAAGAUAUUAGAUCUGUUGAAUUCUGUGAAACAACAGAUUUGUAGAUAAAUAUUCGUAAAGUAUAAUAUAUUAAAGUUCGUCGGUUUGACGAUACACAGCGUGUUACUGAUAUAAGUUUCUUAGAAUUCAGCGAAUAGAGAACCAUAUCCUUAACAUAAAGUAAGUAUUAAAUUGUAUAUUAGUUUAUUACAAAAUUAAUAGGAAUUCGAUUAAGAAAUAAAUAUUGAAUAAAAGAUCAAUAAUAUAUUUUUCAUUGUUAGCCUGUAGUUACCCAGUAUUCUUAUUUAUCAAUAAAGAUGCUAGCUUUAGUAAUUAAUGAAAAUCUAAUUUAAAUUUUUGAUAACCUUUUGAAGCUGAUCAAAAAUCUAGCUAACAAUAGAAAAUAUAUCUUAUGCUUUAUAAUUAAAAGAAAUUCCUAUUAUUUUUGUCUAAACCGUCAGGAGAAGUGCCAAACUUUUCAAAAAGAAAAAAAAGAUGUGAA